GAGCAGAGGCGCGUGAGGGGUGCUGAUACACGUGCGUACGUAUGCCACGCGUCCACGCGGUCCAUCAGAUCGGAGUCUGGCCAAAGAUUGCCGAUUGGAUUCUUCUCGUCCGCGACCAAACCACCACCAGCAGCGGCCGCCGGCGUGAGGGGGAUGUCGACGGCCUCCUCCUCCUUCACCGCCGUCUUCUUCAGCAGCGCCUUCGCCGCCUGCUUCGCUGAGGUGUGCACCAUUCCUUUGGACACAGCCAAAGUGCGGCUUCAGCUGCAAAAGAAGACACCAGCAGCAGCUGCAGCCACAGGGGUAGGAUGGGCCGCUGGUGGAGGAACGCUGGCCACAAUCAUGAUCAUCGCCAGGGAGGAAGGGGUUGCCACGCUCUGGAAGGGCAUCAUCCCUGGCCUUCACCGCCAGUUCCUCUAUGGCGGCCUCCGCAUCGGCUUGUAUGAGCCUGUGAAAGCUUUCUUUGUCGGGGGUACUGUUGUGGGUGAUGCCAGUUUACUAAACAAGAUUCUUGCUGCUCUUACCACUGGUGUCAUAGCGAUUGUUGUGGCCAAUCCAACUGAUCUUGUCAAAGUUAGAUUGCAAACUGAUGGAAAGGUUAACGCUGUCAAGAGGAACUAUUCUGGAGCCCUUAAUGCAUAUGCCACCAUAAUCAGACAGGAAGGUAUUAGAGCUUUGUGGACUGGCCUUGGUCCAAAUAUCGCACGCAAUGCCAUAAUUAAUGCUGCCGAGUUGGCCAGCUACGACCAAUUCAAACAGAUGUUUCUAAAACUUCCUGGGUUUACUGAUAACGUUUUCACCCAUCUUUUAGCUGGACUUGGUGCUGGUUUUUUUGCUGUUUGCAUUGGCUCGCCGGUAGAUGUGGUGAAAUCAAGAAUGAUGGGUGAUUCAACGUACAGAAGUACUCUUGAUUGUUUCGCCAAGACAUUGCAGAAUGAUGGACUCCUUGCUUUUUACAAGGGGUUCAUUGCAAACUUUUGUCGAAUUGGGUCAUGGAAUGUGAUAAUGUUCUUAACUCUGGAGCAGGUCAGAAGAUUCUUUCAUUAAGGUUGACGCCUGCACUGCAAGGUUCUGGAAUGAUAUGAUCGACAUGAUUAAGGAAGCUACAUGUUCCGAAUCAACUGACAGGAAGCUAUCACACGGUGCUUGGUUAAAGGAGGCAAUAUAUGUAUGUCAUUUAGAUAUUCCAUUGCAUAGGACAAUACGUUCUCAUGUUUUAUUUUGAUUAUUGUUAUCAUGUGGUAAUUUCAUAUUAAAGACCACUCUGUGUUAGUAUAUUGUAGAGAGCAUCACUAUUCAUUGCAAGUUGCUGUUUAUGCAGAACAUUUGUGAACUUUUCUCAUUCAGAUACAUGUGAAACUUUAAAGGAUAACCCGCCCACCCAUGUUGAUGCAAUCCAUGGAACGGGCUGGGUCUGUGCGUA